AGAAUGCCGGCAGCUGUAUAUGAACUUGAAGCACGACAUCCAUCUCGCCAUGCUUCUACGUCCUCCCGUCAAUAAAUUAGGGGCCACGCACCAAGCAUGCACUCAUCAUCGACGCUGGCCAACACGCAAACGCGUACGCGAAGCUGACGUGCAGCUUGGCGCGAAAAAGGGUGCGCGCAUUUGGGGUGAUUAAUUCGAAGUACGUUUGUAGUACGCAUCCCUGCCAUUCAGCAUUUUCCAGGGCGCCAACCUUCGGAAUGGAGGCUGGUAAUUCGCUGGAGAUGAUGGACGCGGGGAACAACAAAGGAAUUUCCGAAUUCGGCAGUAACGCGUCCCGUGAUGCCGUCCGAUGAUCCGAGCCCCGCGCUCCGAGUCCGAGGACCGAAGUCGUGCGAUUAGAUAACGCACGAGUAAUAUGCGCCCCGCCCGCCAGCGCGGCUCUUCUCGCGACCGGCGCUAGUCGCACACCACUGGCUUGCCUCCUGCUCUCACCACGAUGAAGAACACGACGCGCCUCGGCGUCGUCCUCUGCAUCAGCCUGCUUUUCUUUAUUGCCGAAAUCGCUGUUGGGUUUAGAACGAAAUCCCUGGCGCUGAUUGCGGACGCGUUUCACUACCUCAACGACAUCGUCGCCUAUGCCAUCGCGUUCCUAGCUGCAUACCUACAGGACAAUAAUCAGUCCGCAAGCCUCGCCUUCACCUUCGCCUAUCACCGCGCAGAACUCGUCGGCGCCUUCUUCAACGGUGUCUUCCUCCUCGCGCUCGCGCUCUCGAUUUUCCUCCAGUCCCUCGAGCGAUUCAUCAAUGUAACGGAGGUCCAGGACCCCAUCAUGGUCCUCACCAUCGGCUGCAUCGGCCUGGCGCUCAACAUAAUCAGUGUCCUUGUCGUUCAUGAUCACGGAGGGCACUCACACGGUGCAGGAAGCCACUCGCACGGCACAGAGGGCCAUUCGCACGGCAAUGUUCAAGAGCUUCAGGCGCAGGGACCACAGGCGGCUCCCGCGACGCCCCCGCAUAUUCACGAGGGCCACAAUCACACGCAACCUCUCGGGCCCUCAGCGGGACACGGCCACGGCCACUCGCACGGGAACCUCGGCCUCGCCGGCGUCGUCGUGCACCUGUUUGGCGAUGCGAUCAAUAACAUCGGCGUCAUCAUCGCCUCGCUUGUCAUCUGGAAGGUCCACUCGCCGGAGCGGUUCUACGCGGACCCUGCGGCGUCGCUGAUCAUUAGCCUCAUCAUCUUUAGUAGUGCGAUUCCUCUUACCGCGAAAUCGGGGCGCAUCCUGCUCGAGGCGGCUCCUGUGGACCUUGACCUGGAGAAGGUUAAGGAUGAUCUUUCGACGAUCCCCAACGUCCUCUCGAUCCACGACCUGCACGUUUGGCAUCUUUCCCAGUCCGUCAUCCUCGCCUCCGUCCACGUCUGCGUCUCCCCCGAGAUCUCCAUGAUCGAGUGGCAGGAGACGGAGCACUACCUCCAGCAGUGCUUCGCCGAGUUCGGAGUGGGACAUGUUACCAUCUCGCCGGAGCUGCAUGUCUCCUCGCCGCGGGACACGUCGGAGACCCCCACUAUAUCCGGAGAGCCUUCGUGUGAGGAGUUAUUGGGUACAUGCCGGAUGCCGGUGGCGGAGGGGUUCAAGUGCAGCGUGGGCGAUUUGGUGAAGGCGGGCGGGAUGAGGCGGCGGAAGGAGGGGAGGGGGGCGGCAUAAAGGGGGGGCAGCGGCGGCUAUGAGCGUAAAGCGGAGAUGGCGGAGGUGGAAGGGAGAGGGGGGUAGCGACGGUGAAAGCGAAGGGGGAGGAGGAGGAAGAGGAGCAGCGGACGGGGGCACGUACUGAUGGUGCGAGGCGGGUCGAUGAAGGAGUAAGGGUGGCAGAUGCCUUCGUUCGCGAAGGCAUGGUAAUGUGUACAGUAGAAGGGUUGAUGUCGAUGGGCGGAAUAUUAUGGACGAAGGGUUGACGAUGCAUUGACACGGCUGAUGUUCUUACGAGACGAAGGUGCUACAAGCGUAUAGCUAGAGCUGAAGGUAAGAGAAGGAUAGCUGUCGCCGCCUUUCAAACAGUAUCUCCCGUCGUGCAACG